UUGACAUCUCUACAUCGCUCUAUUUAACUGAUGUAUAUAAAUAUAGAACAUAUAUUAUGUGUGUGUGUGUGUGUUUUUUUUGCUCGAUCCCAACUCAAUGUCCUGCCACACAUCCUCCCACAUUACCUAGAGCGACAACCUGAAGCCAAGGACUACAAUGCUGUCCCAAAAAUGCGCAUGUCCAACCGAAUCCCCGACACAAGCUACAUUUUUUGACAGCAAUCAGAUGUUUUGGAAUGUUGGCGCCCAGACACACACACUCGGGCAGGGGUGUGUGUGCGCUUACACAGACAGAGAGGGCUUUGUUUUUGUUAACCUUGCCUAACGACGAAUGGCGAAAACAAAACAAAAACGUGAAGAAUCCAAAGCGAGAGGCGAAAAAAGGGGAGCACGUGCAGGAAAAACAGUGCACAGAGGGAAAAUCAGCAAUGGGCAGGCGCAGAAAAUGCGCUGAAUGGAAGCCAGAGAAGAGUGAAAAGCGGAGAGAGAGAGAGAGAGCUCUCCGAUGGGUGAAAAGCUCACUUUUCGACCAGCCUUUCGGGGCGUCCAGGAUUCCGAGUUUGUGGCCAAGUCAUUGCGUUCGAACGUCAGCAGUUGGAACAAGGACGCGUUACGUGCAGAAUCUCAGCGCGCAACCAUAAAAGUGGCCCGAGCGCGAUUUAAUUCACAGAAAAAAAGUUCAUAAAUAUGUAAGCAGCACACAAUAAAAAUUUAAAAAUUCCGCUGUUCAAAUAAAUGAGUAUCUUCAUAUACUCCAGUGCUGAGUGUGCGUGUGUUUCUCGCCGAUGCAGCAAUAAUUGUGCCAAAUCAGCAGUCUGUCGUUACGUAUACGCAACGUGUGCGAAGUGUUGUUUUAUUGAUUGCCCAGCAGCAGCAGCAGCAGCAAAGCCACAUUCAAACAAAAAGGAAAAUCGAAAAGGAAAUGUCGAUAAAACAGUGAAAGUUUAAAGGGCAGCCUCUUCUCUGAGGCUCGAACAGUGAAAUGUGUGCAGCUGACAGUCAAGGUCGACGUCGCCCCAUGUCACCCACAAAAACAUAAAGAUCUACGACGCAUAAAAAAAGCAAACAAACAAUAAUAAUAGUAAAAGCAAGCAAAACCCCUUUGCAGGCACUUUAAAGUCAUCAGCCGUUCACCAAGACAGCGAAAUUAAAAUGCCCGGAAUGGGGAGACGUCACAAGCACUACCAUCAUCGGCUGUGCGGUUCAUCUUCAUCAUCCCAGCUGCAGCGGCUGGUGGAGCUGCAGCUCCUCCUGCCGGCGGUGCUCGUCCUGCUGCUGGCCACCACCCUCGGACUCGCCUGCCGCGUCUCCGAGUUCUCGUGCAAGGGCAGCGGGAACAGCGGCACCAUUUGCGUUCCCCUGGACAAAUACUGCGACGGACGCAGCGAUUGCGCCGAUGGCAGCGAUGAGCCCAAACAUUGCUCCGUCUGCAAUCGCACAUAUUAUGGCGAUAUUGGACGGACCUACGCCAUAAAAGUGCCAACGCCACAGUGGAAUAAAUUGCCGUUCCUCUGUCACUUGACAUUCACGGCAUCCGGUCAUGAUCAAGGCGACAUUGUCCAGAUAAUCUUCGAUGGCUUUACGGUGGGCAGGUUCGAUGAGGGCAUGGUCGACACGGACGUGGAUGGUUACGAAACGAACCUUAGUCCCACCGGCGAGCUGCCCGGCUGUCCCGAGGGCUUCAUGCAGCUCAGCGAAUUGGGACGUCCAUUCACCGGUGGCUCCUGGUGCGGCAAGGCCACAGGACCGCAAUUGUACUUUAGCGAAACAUCCACGGUGACAGCGUCAGUGAAGGUAUUUCAUCCCCCACGCAAUAUCCGAGACGAAAAGCCCUUUGAGUUCAGCAUAAGAUAUAAAUUUAUAAGCCAGUCGGAUGCAGUUGUGAGAUACGGACUGCCCGAUAAGCCGCUCGAAUUGGGCCGUGUGACACCCGGCACCUAUUGUACCAGGCAAUUCGAUGAAUGCUAUCGUAACAAGUGUCGCCUGCAAAGUCCGAAUUAUCCCGGAAUGUAUCCGAGGAACGUAACCUGCUACUGGACGAUCCGGCAGAAGGAGGUCCCGACCAGCAAGCACGCCAUGAUUGCCGUCAGCCAGGAGAAUCAGCACAAGGCCUUGGUGAAGCGCUCAAUUGCUAGCUUCAACAAAACCUCACGAUCCAUCCGUGCGUGGUCGGACUGUACAGGUGAAAGGGAUCACCUCAUUUUCUACGACGGCAGUUCCACCAACGAUCCUGUUUUGGCCAAAUACUGCGGCGGAGAUUGGCUGCCACGCGUCGUUUCACGUGGUCCGGAAAUGCUGGUGGCUUUCCACUCUAGCCCAUUUUCCGCACCCUUGCAGCAGGGAAUACCGAAUCGCGGCUUCGAACUGGACGUGGACAUAUUAUUUACUGAUUCCGAUUCGUUUGACUUUGCCCAAGGUACCAAGAACCUAUGUGAAUUUCACGUUAAUGCCUCGAAUCCAGAUGAUGUGCUAUUCUCGCGUCGCGGCCGCAUGGGACGCAUUGUGAGUCCGCGUCACACGCUUCCGCCGAAUACGACAUGCACGUACCACUUUCACGGAUAUCCUGGUGACCUGAUUUGGUUAUCGUUCACCAGCUACAAUCUGCAGAUCCUGCAGCAGGCGAUACACGACAACAAUACGCUGGGACGGAGCGAUCUGCCGCCGUGGAUAACGCGCCUGAGGAUGUGGGAUAGCUAUGGAACCUAUGUGCCCAUGAAAUCGACAAGUUCAACCACCGGACAGCCACCCCCACCGCCGCCCGUGGCCUCCUCGGCGGACGGGGGCAAGCCCACGCUCCUGAAUCAGAGCAACUACGGCAGCUACUACUACAGUGCCAGCAAUCCGAAGCUGAAUCGGAACCUGCGGGUGAACAUUGACAACGCCUGGAAUCCGGUGGACACCUACAUCUAUGGGCCCACGCAAUCCAGUGUCUUUAAUCAGGAGAACAAGUACAGUGGCUACCAAGGCGGAGGGCCGGGCGGGGCAUCAGCAGGAGCAGGUGGCUCCGCCAAGCACUUGCCGGGCGUCAAGGACAGUCUCAACUUCAUUGCCAGCGGCAAGUCCUCGAAGGAGGUCUCCGCUGCCGCUGUUCUCAGCUCGGAUCGGAAUAGUGCUCUGGCCCUGAUGAGCACCAAGGGAAAGCGGCGACUUAUGCUGGAGAUCUACGACUAUGAGACCCCAAAACUUUGUGACCACACGGCCAUUGGAAGUGGUGUUAGUGGAAGUAGUGCCGUUAUGGGUGGCAACAAGCAGAGGCCCUGCAGUCCAUUGGAAAGCUACGUGAGCACUGGAAGGGAUUUGAAACUGGAGUUCCACACGCAUACGGGCACCGCUUUGUUCCCGGCCCAGUUUGCCCUCAACUACGAGUUUGUGGACACGGAGCAGGGCGGGGAGACCUGGACGGGAAGGCGUGGCGAGGACCCUGUGCCGCCGCUCUGCUCCAGAGUUUUCCGGAAGCGCAAGGGCAACAUCCAAGUGCCGAGGAAUGUGUUCCUUUACGGGAGAGGCGGUGCCAAAAAUAUAACCUGCUUGUAUCGCUUCGAGGCGGGUCCUUCGGAGAGGGUUAAGCUGGUCCUACACAAUGUCUCCUUCGGGGAGGGUACGGCCUGCACCACGGACUCGGAUUUGCAUACAGGCCGACCUCGCUGCAACCAACUGGAUCCGGAGGGUCGAAUCACAGAGCUGCGACUGUUCGAUGUCCCUUUCAGGGAUGUGAAAAUCCAGCUGGGCUGCUUCUGCGAUAACUCCAGUGCUCUGUACAGCAAUGCACCGCUGACCUUUGUCUCCCACUCCAGGAUAAUGGAGCUCUCCUUUACGGUCACGCGGUUAAAUAUCUCCGAGGACUUUGCGGACGUUUUCUUCUCGGCUUCGUACGAGUUUAAGCGGCAGCCGGACUGCAGAAAGCAGUUGAAGCUGAAGGGCGCCGGAGGAGAGGACGAUCUGAAGUAUCCGCUCAAGACUCAGGAUGCCAGCUGCGAGGGCUUAGCCUGGUACAUUGAGGCCCAGUCCGCAGAAAGAUCACUGUUUGUGCAAACCUGGGGAGCCUAUUUGCCGGUGGAUCCCACCUCUGAGGAUGCCAUGAGAUGUCACACCAAGAACCGACUGAUGAUAUAUUCAGGACGACCACUGCGACCCAUGAGGGUUGUAUGUCCUGCGCAGAGUGGGCCCAGGCCAAUGUCCUUGCAUAUAUUCUCAGAGGACUGGACCAAUGGACAGCCCUUGUUUAUGAACAAACCCAUCAGCCUGGUGCUGGAACCCAUCCUCAAGGAGCCGGGCGACAUAGCCUUUACGUGGCUAGAGAUCCAUCGCACCAAGAACGCCCUGCUGCAGCAGCUGGACCUGCAUGUGAAUGCGAGCGUUACCACGGGCUUGGGCGGUGGCAGCCAGACCUCCUCCCAAUCCUCCUCGUCCAGCUCCAAUACGGGAAUUGGCGGACUGGGCGGCACCAGUGGUGGCGCAGGAUCCCCCAAUACCGGGGGAGCAGGAGGCUCUGGAGGCAGCGCGACGGCCAACGAGACACUGAACGAGUUCGGUUUCUUUCCCAAGGAGUCGGACUGCGAAUACAAAUGUCCUGAAAUUGAUGCAUGCAUUGCGGCCAGCCUGUGGUGUGAUGGUCAUCACAACUGCCCCAGCGGAUUCGACGAAUCGGAGGAGGAGUGCGGCACCGCUCGCAAGCUGCUGGAGUUGCCGGGCGGCGUGUUCGCCGCUCUGGGCUGCAUCGCGGCCGCCCUGACCGCCUGCCUGAUAUUCUGCAUGUUCGGCCUGAUGAGGAAGCGGAAAAAGUCGGUGGUGCAGAAGGGCGGCGGAGUGGGCGGCGUCGGGGGCGUUGGCGGCAUGGGCGUGGGCAUCGGCUUCAUGAAUGGGGCAAGCAAUGGCAACGUGUCCGCCGCCAGCAUCGGCACACUGAAGAAGGACUUCAAGAAGGAGGCACUGUACAUCGAUCCGGCCUCCUGACACGGGCUCCAGCCGGUCGAGUAUAUCCACGUGGACCGCGAGACCACCGUGUGAUAUGUUGCCGCCGGCUGUGGCAUCACCUAUGAUCAUGUGGAGCUUUGCAUGGAGCAGGCCUGACCGUUCAAAAUCUGGCCUGGGGAUUUUAAAGAUACAGCGUUAACGCCUGAAGGUAUGAGGACACUAAAAGAACCUACAUUUUAAGUCGAUAACUUUUUCUAAACGCUUCUGGGAGUCAAACAAAUUAGGAAUGAGCGCGAAAGUGUGUGUGUUCAGUGGAAUGUUUAUAGAUAUGAGCCUUCAAAUAGGUUUUCCUGGGUUUCCUGAUCAAUUUUUUAUUCCCUAGCUAGUCUGUAUACAUAUAUUUUUAUUCGAUCAGUUACAAAGAAGUCAGGACUUCUUAAUUCCAUAAAUCAUUUAAAUUUUUAUUGAAAUCCCUGCAGACACUGCCUUACUUCUUUUAACACCACAUUGAACCUUUAUUUUAUCUUUAAAAUUAAAACAUUAAAUUACAAUUCUAGGCAUGCAUAGAAACUGUCACAUUUUUAACAUUUACCCAGUCUUGACUUCUACAUUAUUUAUAAAUUAUUAUUCUCAUUACUCCUUUCAUUAAGACUACACACAGGAAAGCAAACAGAACAUUGCAGAGAAAACUAUUGUAAAUUAGGUACCUUUAAUACAGUUAUAGAUCAGCUAGAGAGCAAGAAAAAUUCGUGGUCAGUACGUAGAUGCCUUUGGCAUAUUUUCCACAUAGCACAUAGCACCCAUUAAAAGGAAGGUAAACAAAUUACAUUUAGCAACUAAAUGAAAAAGAUCAUAAACUACAAUGAAAUUGUAUAGAGAGAGUAACUCAGUAAAAAAAGCAAAGCAGAUCCCUCUUCGGGGGGCCCUCUGGCAUUAUCUCUAAGUGAUUAGACUAAGUAUGAAAACUGUUAGCAGCAUUUGAAUGUGAGUUGAGCGGGAGAGUUGAGGAAAAUCUCUACAGUGUUGUGAUCUAAGGCAUGCACAUACUGAACUAAGUUUAAACACAAGCAAGUCGAAGCAUUUACAUGAUUAACACUCGGUAUGGAAUAUAUGUAUACAUACUUUGGUUUAGUCAUUAGCUAGUAUAUAGUCAAUAAAUAUUGCAGCACUCUUGGGUUUUUUAUCGUACAGCACAGACACAGCCGAGAGCAUCACUUAGUGGUUUAUUACAUUCAAACAAAUCGAAGCGACAAAUUUAGAAAUGCAAUUGUUAUUAAUGGUUAAGUAGAAACCCGAAACAGAGAUAUGUUCACGCUUUAUCUCGACCGAGAGAACUGCCAAAAGAAUUUUAAAGCUAAAGGAACAAUCAUAUGUACAUAUUUUUGUCAAGCAAUUACUUUGCAUUUGAGUUCGUAAAUUGAACACAAUUGUUUCCCAUAAUUAGCUGCAGUAAAUAAUAUUCCUAACGUUACAUGGACUUUGUAAAAAAAAGGAAACUACAAGCAAAACAUAAUAUUGAAGUGUACUCUACCAUUUAAGCCAUGUCCCACAACCCAUAUAAACAAUCAAACUUUUGGCAGUUGCUAGGAUUAAGCAAACACCAAACCAAAGUUAAGCGAAUAAACAAGACAUAAGUACUUUAUUUUAUAGACGCUAAACUAGGAACAAAAUUAUGAGAAUGAAAAUGAUACAGAAUAUAAUAACGAGGAAUAAUAAAACUGCCUGCAAUGCGAAUUUUAAAAAUUUAAAAACCUCUGACAUAUGCAGACAGAAUCCACAUCUAUAAAAACCCAUUAAAAUUUCAACUUCAAUCAAGUUUUACUGAAAAGCACGUGUAUAAAUAAAUAUAUAUAUAUAUCUGAUUUAGUCGCCAUGGAAGGGUAAAAAAAAGAAAAGGAAUACAUAAAUUAAAUCAAAUAUUUCAUUUGGCAUUUUUUGAUAGCAAAUAACCUAAAUAUUUAUAGCCAAAAAAGGAAAGAAACAAGAACCACGCGCACUUUGUACAAUUUGAUGAAAAACAAAGAAUUAUUAUUAUUUCCAGACACACCGGCAAGCAGCAGCAUAUACAUAUGGGAUAUUUUACACGCAUCCACAUAAGCGAUAAAAUAAUACUGAAAAAGCCACACAUAUAAAAAAAACGAAUACAAAUUAAAUUAAUUAAAAUUGGCGCGUAGGCCAGGAAAAUGCAUUUUAGCUGCCGGCAAAUAUAGUGAAAGAACACGGUUGGCAGUGCAUUUAAAUAAGUAGCUUUAAGACCAGCUGGAGCUGGAUACUACUUCGUUGGCCAUUACUGUCACACCACACACACCACACACACAUUACACACACAUCUCAAUCGCCAGUUCGGUUCAGUUCCUUCUCUCAAAACCAAACCAAACUAUGGAAAUUUCUGUGCCAACUGUGUUUAAAGUAGUAUUCGAAGAUAAAAUUCGAAUAAACGGAACGAACAAUGAGAGCGAAGGGAGAAAUUGAAUUAUUACCGCGCAUAAAACAUUGCAUGUAAUUUAUUUGAAAUGUUCGAAAAUAAAUAACCCAAAAAUAAAGAGAAAAGAGAGGAAAACCGUGCGCGAGAUGGUAAAUAAUAAUAAAAUACAGACAGCUGUGUAAAUAGUCAAACUGCGUACAGUCAACACAUAUUAAAUUCAAGACAGAGACGAAGCCGAAAUCUAAUGGAGAUCAGUUUUGGGUUCCUUCAGUUUUGCCCCCCUUAAAUAAGUUUCACUUGUAUGAUAAAUAAAACUAAACAAAAUAUUUAUAUAGAGAUAUUAUUAUACGUAUAUGGACAAGGAAAUCCCUAACCUUAAUGACGCACUGAAUCAAAUAGAUGAAACGAGUAUUUAAUAAAAAAAACCAAG